CACUGUGGAGUAGGGGGCGUGUCCCCGGGAGCGCGCUCGCUGGCCCCACCCCCCUCGGCGGCGCGUCCAACUAUAUACCUAUACACAUACACAGGGCAUGCGCGCCCCCGCUGCCGGUGUUGUGACGCAGUUUCCUUGCUGACGCCGAGCUCGCUCCGCUGUCGCCGCCGCAGAUCUAGCCGGUGAUUCUAUCCCCCCACACGUUAGGGGCAGUUGCUGAGAGACUUGUACUUUCCCUCCCUCCUCCCCAUGGCGGCCCCCUGCCUGUAACGCACAGACACUCACACACCCCCUUCCCCCCUCCUCCUCCCCAGCCAGCGGCCGCGGGGAGUUGUGGGGGAAACAUGGCGGCUGGCAGCAGCGGCGGCAGCAAGGCCUCGGCCCUGGAGGCCUCCCUGGACCGCAAGCUGCAGUCCGUCACCAACACCAUGGAGUCCAUCCAGAGCCUGUCCGGCUGGUGCAUCGAGAACAAGAAGCACCACCACACCAUCGUGCACCAGUGGCUGAGGUGGUUCCGCAGAUCUGCUUUCACACACCGACUGAACCUGUUUUACUUGGCAAAUGAUAUAAUCCAGAACUGCAAAAGGAAGAACGCGAUAAUCUACCGCGAUACAUUUGCAGAUGUGCUCCCUGAGGCUGCAUCGCUAGUAAAGGACCAAUCCGUUUCCAAAUCUGUCGAGAGAGUCUUCAAAAUCUGGGAAGACCGGAACGUGUACCACGAGGACACAAUCGCAGCUUUCAGGACUGCGCUAAAUGGAGGAGGCUGGAGUAAACGGGAGAGGAGUAAGAGUUCCCGCCCUAAGCCGGCUGAGAAGCCGCCAGAAGCUCCUCCAGUAAAUCCGAAGGCUGCCUUAAAAUCGAAGAUUGUGGCUGAAUUCAGGCCCCAAAGCCUGAUUGAUGACUUGCUGUCAUUCAAGCGCUCCGUGGGCCAUGUGGAACUUAAGGAGAAGCAGCUUUCAAACAUGAGAGUUGACGUCUGCAGCACGGAAACAUUGAAACGCCUAAAAGAUAAGGCUGGAGGGAAGAAGUUCUCCAAAGAUUUUGAAGAAGCGAGCGCAAAACUAGAGGAGUUUGUGAAUAUCCUGGACAAGCAGGUGAAGAACGGCCCGUCGCUCACCGAGGCUCUGGAGAAUGCUGGGAUUUUCUUUGAAGCUCAGUACCGUGAAGUAAAGGUCGUGGUGAAUGCAUACAAAACGUUUGCUAAUCGAGUAAGCAAUUUAAAAAAGAAGCUGGACCAGCUGAAGGCCACGCUUCCAGACCCCGAGGAAUCUCCAGUGCCCUCACCCACUACCGAUGCCCCUUCUCCAACCGGUUCAGAAUCCCCUUUCCAAGGCAUGGGUGACGAGAGCCCUCUGUCCCCAGAGACUGAGCUUGUGCAGCCGGACUCACCCGAGCCUCCCAAGGACAACCGGAUAGUGGAGGACAUGGAGCUGUCAGACGUGGAUGCAGACGAGGAAAUGCCUGAGAUUAUCAUUGAAGAAAGGAAGGAGCAGGUAGAACCUGCGUCAACCGUGAAGGAUACAGUUAUCAGUCCUGCUUCCACGCCACCCGAUGAGGCCACCGCUUCCGUUCCCACGCCCAUUGCAGCUCCUUCUCCAUCUCCUUGCCCGUCUCCUUCCCCAGCACCCGUCUCUACAAGUGCAUCAGCACCUCCCCUCCCCUCCACUAUGACAACUGCUACUACUGUGCCAGUGACAACCGCUUCAACCAAAACCGUAACGACUCCUGCUACUCCACCAUCAGGUCCCCUCGCAUUGCCGAACUUGGCCAAUGUAGAUCUGGGGAAGAUCAGUUCCAUCUUAAGUAGCUUAACGUCUGUCAUGAAAACUGGUGUGAGCCCGGCAGGCAAGCCGUCUCCUGGCACGCCAACAACUCCAACCACUACCUUAAGUGGUGCGGUGAAGACGCCAGUUCAGAGCACAUCGAACCCUUUGGCAAACCUACUCUCCAAAGUCGAGAUAACUCCCGAAAGCAUUCUCUCGGUUUUGUCUAGAACGCAAGUCCCCUCUGCGUCAAACUUGCAAGGUUUGUCGUCUUUGAUUCAAAGUGUAGCUGCAAGCAGUGCCCUGCAAAGCGGAUCUGCAACUCUCAGUACAUCAACAGCUCCAUUGAAUACUACGGUGCAAACUGUAAAAGACCGAAAUACUCCAUCUGUAACUCCCCCUUUCUUACCUAAAAGCUAUGGCUACUCCCCCACCAACUCAAACCGUAAUAUUUCUUCCACCUCUGUCUGCAAGCCAGCUGCUCCACCUAGUUCAAAUGUAAAACAGACAGGUAAUCCAGCUGGUUUUGCAGCGCAAUCUAAUAUAUCCACAGAGAAGCUCGUUAACCAAUCUGCAGAGAUGCCUAAAUCUGCUGAUGAGACUGAACCAUCCAGUUUAGAAAUGAAGAUUCAUAAUUUUUUGAAGGGAAAUCCAGGCUUCAGUGGUCUAGACCUAAACAUUCCCAUCCUUAGUGGUUUAGGUGCCACUGCUGCGCCCGACACAACUUCAGAGUUUCUCAGUGGGCCUACAAGCACCUCUCUGGAUAAUGUAGAUGGAACCCCAGUCCGUGAUGAAAGAAGUGGCACGCCUACCCAGGAUGAGAUGAUGGACAAGCAGACUGCAGGCAAUGUUGAUAGUGUGUCCUUGUUGUCAAAAAUAAUAAGCUCUGGCUCCUCAACACCCAGCAAUUCAAGAUCUCCUCUCUUGAAUAAAGACAAUGAGUUUCAGAUGCAUCUCUCCUUACCAUCAUCCUACAGACCUUUUGGUGUCGAUGGAAGUUCACCCAAUGCAUACCGGCAGUCAUCUGAUACUAUGGAGAAACCUUCCGUGGUUGACUCUAGUCUGGAUACGUUUUUUCCAGAUACAUCGUUUCAGGAUGAAGACUACAGAGACUUUGAGUUUUCUGGGCAUCCUGCUGCUGCCCUUGGAAAUCUUGAUAAAAGACCAUCGAAAACAGUUCUAAAACCAAACGUGCGUUUAGAUCCAAUGGAAUAUCCGCCAAUUACACAAAGCUUCAGUCAGCCCCAAGAUUUUAAUAGACAGUCCUUUCCUCAUUCUAUAAAGCCUCCUUUUAUUUCGGGCGAGAACAGUGGUCAGCUGACCCCAUCCUCUGAUAUGUAUGGUGGCUAUAAUUUAAGAGGGAAUAAUCUUGAGGGUAGUGGGUCAUCUUCCCCUCCAAAAAAUGAACAGUUUUACCCAUCAGAUACGAAUCAUAACUUAGCAUUGUUGCAUUCUGUUAUGCCACCACAAACACAGUAUUCGGAUUCUUCUCACGUUCCUCAAAACAGACAUCCAAACUUUCACCCUAAAAAUAAUAACCCCACUCGGACAAGUGUUGAUCAGUCAGCCUCUACUAUUUCGGCAUCAACGGCAAUGGAGUUCAAAAAUAUGCUCAAGAAUGCUUCUCUCAGAACAUCUGAGAACUCGUUUAGCCAAGCAAGUGUAAAUGAAGAUUCACAUAUCUCUAGGCUCGGUCACACUGGGUUAACUCCAGAAGAUCGAUCAGAAGAGCAGUAUCGCAUAGAGACUAGAGUUUCUUCCUCUUGUGUUGACUUAUCGGAUAGUACAGAGGAAAAAGGGGCUCCGAUUGAAACUUUGGGAUAUCACAAUGCCGGUAACGUGAGGAUCUCAGGGGAGCCUAUAAAAACUGUAGAGUCCAUGAGGGUUGGUAUGAAGGGGGGCAGAGGACAUGGUAUAGAUGGGGGUAGAAGUGGUUGGUUUGAAAUGGGUAGCGCAGGGAGCUCUUUUGAUGAUGGUCCUCCAAGUGUUGAUAAACAGUCUUCAGUUAGCAGUGGUGGGGCUGGGUUUAAUACACAAUAUGAGGAGCACUUACCGCGAUUUCCAGACACUGUCAAUGACUUCAGAGCAAAAAAUAUUCCAUCUUUUGACCCUCACUUACCACCGCCAUCUAUGGUUUCUCCAAUGGAUCGCGGUGUUCCCUUUCCAAUGGAUCAGACUGUGCUGCCUCCUUGCCCACCUCCUGGUUUACCACCUGACCAUGGAAAUCUCUUUCCUAGUGAUAUGCCGAUUCCCUCACACAUAGCCCCUGUGGAACCACCUAAAAACUUGCCACAUAUUGCUCACCCUCCACCAACAGAUCAUGGAGGAAACCCCUUUACUGUGCAUCACUCAGCAGAACAUGGUGGCAUUCCAUUUUCACCACCGCCACAUUUAGAUAUGCGCAACCCAUUCUCUCAGGACCAUGGUGCGGUCCAUCAAGGGGCUAUGAACGAACCUUUCACCAUGCACCAAGGUCCAACAAGAGAACAUGAACCUUUUCCCCGUGACCAUAAUAGCCAGCACAACCAAACUCUUGGUAGGAUAAAUGAGCCAGUGGCCCAUAAUCCUAGAGACCACCAUAGAGGCUUUAGUGGUCCUCCCCACCACUUUGCCCCACAUCACAGAGACCUUAUGAACACUGGUGGCUUAAGGACACCGCGACCUCAUUUCAGGCCUAGAGAACCAUACCACAAUUUAAAACGACCACGGCCACCUUUUGGAAGGGGGCCACAGUUUUUCCCCCCAAAGCGUCCUUAUUUCCCACCAAGGUACUAACCCAAACCUGCUAAUGUUUUUGAAGUUGUGGCACUGGCUUUUUGUACCUGUCCAGUUAAGCCUGCUUUUGGUUUGGCAUCUCCGAGAUCUUAUACGAAUAUCUGAGAUAAAUCAGAAAAAGUGUGUUCUUUGUUCACCAAGUUAAUUGAUACAAGUCCAAAAAAUUUAUGUUGGACCUUUUUUUAUUUUUAUGUUUUCACGUAACGCAAAUGAGGCUGAAGUUGUAAAGAGGUUGUUCGAAAACAUGAUGAUGCUGUUGUCUUUAACAAAUGCCCAACUUCAAACUAAUAAAACAUACCUGAACCAAUCUAUGGAGUCAAGCCUACCCAGAUCAGCCAAUUGCUUUCUAUAUACCUGAUAGGUGAGUCACAAGGGGAAGUAAACAGGAGAUUAGUGUUUUUUUAGGCUAAAUAAUGGAAAUCUGUCUCUUAAAAUGUUAACAUCUUCUUCCUCUGCCUACUCCCUCUAAUUCUCUCCACACUCUACAGUCGCAAGAAACGCAACUCCAAACGCCGUUAAGCUACAUUCCAGCAUGACGCGUUUCAGGACUUAACCCGGCUAUGAUGAAUUGCAGCCUGAGGUCCUUGGAGUAUGAGGAGGAGAGUACGAACACUUGGUGGCAUUUACGAUACUCCCAAGUUGUACCAUGUUUUUGUUUAGUAUAUGUUUUACGCGUUUGAGAGUAGUCACAAGUUAUACAUAACGUGUUAGUUUAUACUAAUUGCAAAUUUAUAUGCCUGGUGUUUGUACUUGACACAUAAGAGAUGUUUUUUACAUUCAGAUUAUACCUGUAUAAUGCAUAUGAAUCUAAUAUUCAUUAGUUUUGUGUGUGUAACAUGAUCCCGCAAAUACUGAAAUGCGUAAUUUGAUGCGCAAAAUUGAAGGCCUUAGUGUACACCACUGCUAUCUACGAUAGUUUAUUAUCUAACUCCAUGAAGCUUGCAUACAUCAUACCUUUUCACAAUGUGGAAAUUAAGCAAAAUGAUAACAAAAUGAUUUCUGUGUGUUGGGGUAGCCUGUAUGUACACAGAAUUGCAUUUAGUAAAUAUAUGCAUAAUCUUUUAUGGCUUCCACUGGGAACAGAGUUUUUUGUUUUUUUUUUACAUUUGUUUUUUUUUGUUUUGUCUUUUUAAAGUGCAUAUUGGCACUUGCUUAACCCGAAGCAGCACUUUUACACACAGACUGUGUAACUCUACAUCUGUUUAGUAAUGGCGUAGUACAGCUCUUGCCACUAUGCAUCUGUUAGUAUCUUGCGUAACACCGCAAAUAUUGGAAUAUUUGAUAAACAGCUUGAUCUCAGAAUGUUAUUGAAUGUAAAAAAAAAAAAAAUCACCAAAAAUUAAACCCUUUUCUUCUUCCCUGAA